AUGUCUUCUCUAGUGUCGUAUCUGUUUGAUCCAGAAUCAGAUGUACUAAGCAAACUUCCACCAAUAGAAUCGAGCAUUAAAGAAAGAAAGAUUGUAGAAAAGUUGACAAGAUUAUCAAGAAAGAAUGAAUUGUCUACAACCAAGAGCAGAGCCAAUACAGUUUCUCCAGUCAUGACCAAUGUUUUAAUGACAUCACCACUCAGAGAUAAGAAUAUGGACUUUGCAGAAAAUGUUUCUAAAAAGCUGAUUAGAUUGGUUGGAAAUAUAUUCAGUGAUGAGAUGCGAACUAAAUUGAUGAAUGUUUACAUGAAGAAAUUUAAAUAA